AUGGAGGAUCUGAACAAAUCGAAUCCGAAGGCGGAGGCGGAGGAAGCUGAAACGGAAAAGAGGGAUCCCUCAGAGCUUGAGGUUCCGUUAUCUCUUAUUCCUAGGCCUGUCUACGAAAUAUCAAUGGAUUUCAUCAGAUCAUUUUCGUCUGAGACACUACUUGACUUUGUACGGUGGGCCUAUCAUCUCAUUAUCACUGAAUGGCAGCAGCGUGGAGUUGUCGAAGUUGUACGUCCUAAUGACGAAUCUAAGGUGGCAACAUUUGUUGUGUUAGCCAUGGUGUUGCGUACUGAACCUGGUGCUUUGACUUUCGUUUCGACAGUGCUGAGGGAUAAACCUAAAUAUCAAGGCCAGGACACUCUCCCGGUUCUAAUUUGGAUGAUGGCUCAGGCCUUCUCAGAUGAUUUAACUGCUUCCUUGCAUUCGUGGGCAUGGAACUUGCUGCCACUAGUCGCUAAUAACGAGGAGUGCUACAGCUCUCACUCAUUUGAGCUCUUCAUGCAGUUUGUUGAGAUGGUUUUUUUAAAGUGUCCGGAAGCUCCGACAUUAUUCCGAAGCAGAGCUGUUAGAAAUCAGCAUAGAGAGAGGCUGAUUCCACCUUUUUCGUUUCAGAUCUUGGUGCGGCUUACAUUCCCUGCUCCAUCUGCUAGAGUAGAGGCAACAUUGAGGUUUGAGGAAAUUUAUCCCUUGUUGAAGCAAGUGGCCCUUGCAACAGAUGAUAUUAUUACUUGUGCAAAAGCACUGGAACAGAUAUUCACUUUUUCCUUGGAAUUAGCUGGUGGAAAAGGAAAUCCUGCUCUAGCCAGUGAAGCUACAGCAAUCGCCAUCAGUGUUUUGACACAAAACGUUGAUUGCUUUAAGCAAUGGGAUGUUCUCUACAAUGAGCAUCUUGAAGCUAGCGCUGCUCUUCUUAAAAAGCUUGUAGACGAAUGGAAGGAUCAUUCCCUCAAACUAUCAUCAUCGUUUAGUGAUACUCUCACUGUCGAGAAUGCGAUGAACAGCUUCAGGAUGAAGUCGUGCAAACUGAUCUCCAGGAGCCUCUACCGUGGCCCCGGAAUAGCACCCUUAACCGAAAAGGGGGAGGAAACUGAAAAGGAGGCGGCGAUAUUGUCUUUGUCCGAAGCUGCCAAAAAGAUCGAUCCCUCACAUCUUUCGACUUUCCUCGACGAAUUAUGGAUUGGUUGUGAAUGGUGGGUUGAUCCGGAGGGGCUGAUAUCGAAAUUAUGGAAAUUAAUCGAUUACUAUGGGAUUGCACUCUCCCAAAUAUCCUUUCAAUCGUUCGUCAACAUGUUCGAGGAGUAUCCUUUAUCCAAGCUCAUUCAUGUUCCGUUAUCUCUUAUUCCUAGGCCUGUCUACGAAAUAUCAAUGAAUUUCAUCAGAUCAUUUUCGGCUGAGACACUAAGUGACUUUGUACGGUGGGCCUAUCAUCUCAUUAUCACUGAAUGGCGGCGUGGAGUUGUCGAAGAAGUUGUACGUCCUAAUGCUGAAAAAUCUAAGGUUCAGUUAAUUAAUUGUGAUAAAAAUCCUUUUUUUUUAUGUAACCGAGAGAGCGUGUUUUGUUCAAGUUUCUCAAUAUUUUUAAUUAAAUGGUCACAGGCCUUCUCAAAUGAUUUAACUGCUGCCUUGCAUUCGUGGGCAUGGAACUUGCUGCCACUAGUCGCUAAUAACGAGGAGUGCUACAGCUCUCACUCACUUGGUUUCAUCCCGCAGUUUGUUGAGAUGCUUUUGUCCCAGUGUCCGACAGCUCGGCGUAUAUUCCUAGGCAGAGCUGUUAGAAAUAAGCAUGAAGAGAGGCUGAUUCCACCUCGUUCGUUUGAGAUCUUGGUGCGGCUUACAUUCCCUGCUCCAUCCGCUAGAGUAGAGGCAACAGAGAGGUUUGAGGCAAUUUAUCCCUUGUUGAAGGAAGUGGCCCUUGCAACAGAUGAUAGAAAUCCUGCUCUAGCCAGUGAAGCUACAGCAAUCGCCAUCAGUGUUUUGACAAAAAACGUUGAUUGCUUUAAGCUAUGGGAUGUUCUCUACAAGGAGCAUCUUGAAGCUAGCGCUGCUCUUCUUAAAAAGCUUGUAGACGAAUGGAAGGAUCAUUCUCUCAAACUAUCGUCUAGUGAUACUCUCACUGUCGAGAAUGCUAUCAACAGCUUCAGGAUGAAGAACGUAAAAGCCAUCACUGAAGGAGUAGCCAAUCUUUCUCUUUACAAAGAAGCUGACAAGGCGUGCAAACUGAUCUCAGUAGACUCUCACGUGGCCCCGGAAUAGCACCCUUAACCGCUAUGGUUAUAGCAGCUGCAGCAGAGGCGUUGUUGGUUGGAGCUGGACUUACUCUAUCUAUCUUUGCCAAUAGCAUUAAUAUGAAUGGGUUCUUGCUGAUGUUGAGGAGGGUAGGGUGUAUACAAGUCCUCCUCUAAAAUGACCUGUUAACGACUUGCCAGGAGACUUGUCAUAA